UUUUUUUGGGGGGGUGGGGGGUGUUGGCUGUUGUGGUUUUAUUUGUUAUUUUUCGUACCAGUAGAUGUCACUUUAGAGCGGCGUGCUUAUUUUCGUUGGCACUUAGAGCUGACGGGGUCAACCACAAUCUGGGGAACGGCGAGGAGGAACAACGUUAACACGUGCAACUCUGAGGCGAACAUUUUAGUAUUUAUUCUUCAGUCUUAGUAAUUAACUAUGAACCAUUGUCUUAAGCUUUAAAGCGUGGACGACUUUAACAGUUUUUUUUUAAAAUAUCUAACAGUUAAACUGAUUUUUUUUCUAAAAUCUCAUUUGAUAAAGCUUAGAAAAUCUGCAAACACUCGUGCGAACUCUGUGUCCUAUUAACAACAUUUCAACUUCUGGUCACCAGCUACAUAAGUUUCAGUUCUGUUUAUUAACUGCCCGGUCGUUGCAUCGGAUUCGCAUCCUCGAGUUGUUUUUCCAUUGACUUUCGAUUCCAUUUUUUUUGUCUCUCUGCCGAUCACUUCUGUUUUUUGUCGCUCACAGUAUUAGUUCCUUGUUCGCGUCCCCGGGGGUGGAUGGUGCUUGAGACACGGGUGGUCUUCACAAAUCCAGAAUGCACGGUGCACUGCAGAAGUGAGCGACUGACGAGGCUCGCUCUGAGAGUAACCCAGCAACUCCAAAGCCGCCCAGACACCACCCUCACUUCACUGUCUCUAGUGCCUGACUGCAUCUGAAAACACUGUAACUGGUUUCAUUUGUAAGCCCACCGUACAGGUGGCCGAGGCAUACACCUUUUCAAGAGACAUCGACCGUUUAUGUUGCCAUUGGAGGACAGGCCUGAACAUUUCAGAAUUAAAGUCUAAAAUAACACCUUUUUGUAGAUCUGAUAAAGCGGUGGAAAUGACUGGUGAUUGAUUCAACGUCUGCAGUCUCUUCCUCCAAGAGGGCUUCCUAAACAAGCCGGCUCCUCAACAACCGGAUUAUCUCUAUUCUUCCCCUCUCAGUGUCCGAUCAGUCAGGAGGAGGCUCGGAAGAGAAUCUGCAUCAAUUUUUGGCGGAAACUUUUUCCGGAGCAGAUAGUGGUGGCUGCAGAUGGAAGGGCUGGUGCUGUAGUGAUGAUCUCUCCUUCUCCCAUCCCUUUCUGCCAGUGCCUCUAAUAGCUGAGACGGUUCAUCCAUCCACCUUUUAGUAGUCAGCGCCAGUCUGAGACUGCCCAGCACCAAGGGCUGGACCUGUGAUGCCGCAACUUCUGAUCCUCUUCCGAUAAUGUAAUUUUAAACAGCGGUGUGAGCAGCUGAAGAUGGGGGGCAAUCAUUCUCACAAAACUCCGGUUUUUGAUGAGAACGAGGACGUAAACUUUGACCAUUUCCAGAUCUUAAGAGCAAUUGGCAAAGGCAGCUUUGGGAAGGUCUGCAUUGUGCAGAAGAAAGACUCGAAGAAGAUGUACGCCAUGAAGUACAUGAACAAGCAGCAGUGUGUAGAGCGUAAUGAAGUGCGGAAUGUAUUUAAAGAGUUGCAGGUUAUGCAGGGUCUGGAGCAUCCAUUUCUUGUCAAUUUAUGGUAUUCAUUUCAAGAUGAGGAAGAUAUGUUCAUGGUAGUGGACCUCCUCCUGGGCGGAGACCUUCGUUACCAUUUACAACAGAAUGUUCACUUUAAGGAGGAAACAGUGAAACAUUAUAUUUGUGAGCUGGCUCUGGCAUUGGAUUAUCUGCAGAGCAGACACAUCAUUCACAGGGACAUUAAACCUGACAACAUUCUUCUUGACGAUCAUGGACACGUGCACGUCACUGACUUCAACAUUGCAGCGUUGGUGAAGGAGGAGAAGCAGGCUACUUCCAUCGCAGGCACAAAACCCUACAUGGCUCCAGAGAUAUUCCAUCCCUUUGUAAAUGGUUGUACUGGCUAUCUGUUUGCUGUAGAUUGGUGGUCUCUUGGAAUCACAGCCUAUGAGCUUCUCAAAGGACAGAGACCAUACGAAAUCCGUUCCAACACUUCAGUUAAUGAAGCCCUUCACAUAUUCAACUCGGUCAGCAUAAAAUACCCCUCUAGCUGGUCCAAUGGAUUGGUGUCACUGCUUCGGAAGCUGCUUACAGUUAGCUCUGCUCAACGCCUCUCCAGCCUGGCUGACUUGCAAAGCUGUCCUUACCUCGCCGAUAUCAAUUGGGAUGCUGUCUUGGAGAAGAAGCUCACUGCUGGUUUUAUUCCCAAUAAAGGACAAUUAAACUGUGACCCCACAUUUGAACUCGAGGAAAUGAUUCUGGAGUCUAAACCUCUUCACAAGAAGAAAAAGCGUCUGGCAAAAAAGUUGAAGGAAAACAGAAAAGACAACUCAUCACUGAAUGGACAUCUUCAGCAACAUCUAGAUGCAGUGCAGAAGGAAUUUAUUGUUUUUAACAGAGAAAGGCUCAAUCAAAAUCCAGGUCAAGCACAGCAAAACUGCACAGCCGACAAAGAGGAGCACCAGAAAGAAGAUGAUGAUGGCAAAAACAACAAUGUGAUAAAGACAACGCACACGCAGCCAUGUUAGGUUUCGCUCUGGGAACAUUGCAUCUCUGGGACCUUCAAAACUAGAUAGGAAAUGCAUCUUCAUAGUACAUGUCAGUCCUAAUCAUUAAAGAGGCAUUGUCAUAGCUGCUACCAGUGCUUGAACGUACCACAUAGCAUUGUACUGAGCAACACAGGCUAGAAGAUCUCAGGUUUAAUCCUGACUUUUGCUGAGCAAAUUCAUCUCCGCCAGAACAGCAGGUGAGAGGGGUGCCACAAUUGACCUCAGAACGUCUGGGCAAGGCAAGUGGGGACAUGGGGAUGUGCCGAGGUGGGUGGAGAUGGAGUUGAGAAGCAACCCAACCUGCCAACCACGCAAAACCACAAGGAAUGGCUCUCAGGCAAGUGAGCAGGUGGACCCCCAGUACUCGGCGCAUAUGUUUCCAGAGGAAGUAGACUCCUUAAUGAGGCAUAAGGGAGAAUACUGGCAUGUUUCUGUGGAAGUGUUUUUCUUUUGGAGAGAGAGAGAGAGAAAACCAGAUGGCAAAAGAUAAAUACUGCAGAUGCUGGAAAUCUGAAAAAUACACUAUAAACAGCAGGAGAGAAUAACUCUGUGGGGAGAGGAAAGAAUACAUAUUUCAGAUCGAUGACCUUAUCAGAACAACAGCGAUUGACUUGAAACAUAAACUUCGUUCAUCUCUCCACAGAUGCUGCCAGAUCUGCUGAGUACUUCCAGCAUUUAUACAUUUUCUCUGAUUUGUUAUAAAAAGUGUACCAUUUACAUAUCAAUGGUCACCAUGCCGACUAGAGACCAGAAGGUUGUUCAAACAAGACAAUGCGCCUUUAACCAUGCACAUUAACUAGAUACUAACUAUAUCACGCAAAUGAAAUGAAGCCAUGUUGGCUCAGCACCAGAUCAAAAUGUUUUUCACAGAUUUGGAAUAAUUAUUAGUUAAAAAAUGUCUUUGAAUUUGUUGCAGACCUAAAGCGGCUCAAUUGCUGAGAAGGACCUGACCCUACCCAACUGCCCCAUGCCUUAACCUCCCAAGAUGUUAUGGCCACUGAUGGCUACAACUUGGGGUUCAGCAGCAAUCACAUGAGAUCUCACCAUUAGUAGCUGUGAAUAUGUGUCUCUGGGAAAUGCAGUAGAACAGUUUGUUUUCUAUACUCCAGGUUUACACUUGAAUCUUUCUCUGGAUAUUACAGUUAUUAAGUAUGAAAAAUGCAGUUUUAAAACAUAAAGACUAACACGUUAUGAAGCUUUUCAAAACUUAUGUAGCACUUUUUAACCAAAAUAAAUCAUCUAGUGAGGGCUCAAUAUUUGUUGUUAUUGGAAAACAAUGCUUGGUGUUGCACCUCACCCCUCAGUGAUGAUGGUAAAUGAAUACCAUCUCCAUUCAGAGAGAAAUCUUUAACCUCUACAGCUUCCUGGUUUCCAUAUACUGACAAAACACAACAGAACCCACUGCUUCGCCUUUCACCUCUAUCUAAUGCUCUACAGCUCAACCAGAACAUUAACACCUUCCAGGCUGCAUUAUUGGUGGAAGGUCAAGGGCUCCUUCCUGCAUUGUACAGCAGAGGUGUACAAUGCAGCAGAGGUGUACAUUAGUCCCACAGAGCAGCAAAUGUGAGCUAGAACAGACACUGAGGAUGGAUUAGGGAUGAGAAUUGAGUGGGAAUGGAAUAGGAUGAGGAGAGGGGUAAGAGCUGUGAGGGAACAAAAUGGCAUUUUGAUUAGGAGGGGAGAAAAGAGGCAGCAUUAGCUGAGUGAAUGAGGAAUGAGUCACUAAUAAACAAAAAUGAGGUCAAACACCAACAGGAGCAAGGGUAAUUAACAGGGAUGAGGCCAAAUACCAAUGGGAAUGAGGGUAAU